AUGAUUCUGUUUUUCCUAUUAUUAGCAACCAAAGUCUUCGGUGAUUUUGUGGAUGUCCAAACUCUGUUUGGAACAGUUCGAGGUAUCCAUGAUCCAAUCUCGAAUGUUGACAUUUUUCGUGGUAUUCCGUAUUCAAAUAAGGCAAAAAGAUUAGAGGUGAUUCUCAGAAAAUCAGAAAAUCAUUUUGAAACUCCGAAUCUUUUUUUGUUAGAAAUCCACAUUGAUUCAUCGAUGGUCUUCGAUUUUAAAUGCAACUGAUUAUGCUCCAAAAUGUAUUCAAUAUCUAAAAUUGAAUAUUCAUAAUACUUCAGAUGAUUGUCUUUUUCUUGAUAUUUAUAAACCUUCAAAUAUCCACAAAAAUUCGAAUGUUCCAGUUGUUGUUUAUAUUCAUGGAGGUGCAUUUGUUUCGGGUAAUUUUCAAUUUACAGUAACCCCAAAUAUUUAUAAAAACAAAACACAGGAUCCGUCAAUGAGAAAUCAUCCAAUUUUUUCGCUCAACAAUAUGCUAAGAAAGGUAUUGUUGUUGUAACAAUACAGUAUCGACUUGGUUUGUCUGGUUUUUUAUCAGUUGGAUGUGAUAAUUCUGCAAGUUUUCCAUGUAAUAUUGGAUUAUGGGAUCAAGUAACAGCUUUCAAAUUUAUCAAUCAAACAAUUCAUUCAUUUGGUGGAAAUCCGAAGAAAAUGACAUUAUGGGGACAUAGUGCAGGUUCAAUUUCAGCUAGUAUUCAUUCAAAAUCACCAAUAUCUUCGGGAUAUUUCAAAAAUUUCAUUGAAAUGAGUGGAUCAUCUUAUGGAUUAGAUUUUGCCAAAAGAUUUAAUGAUCAUAAGCGAAAUUCAAUCAAGUUAGUUGAUUCUUCGGAAUUUUAACUCCCGAUUUUAAAUAUUUUUCCAGUAUCUUAAAUGAGUUGGGAUGCACAAACUCUUCCGAAUAUGUUAGUUGUUUUAACAAAGUCGAUCCUUCUGUUAUUAUUAAAAACACUCCAAACGUGAUGUUACCAGAUGUUGGAGAUUCCCUUCUUCCAUUUAAUCACUCUUUUACAUAUUCUCAGAAUGUUUUUAUUGGUUUAACUUCUUUGGAAUCGUUGUAUUUCGGUGAGAAACAAAUGAUUCAUUUUUGGAAUGUUUCAUAUUUACUUCAGUUCUGAAAGUAAACAGUAGUUCUAAACUGGACCAACUAACAGUUCAAGAAUCAAUUGAUAUCAUUCAAAGCGGUCUCAAGUUAACUAAUCUACCAAUAGAUAAACUUAUAUAUCGACUAAUGCAGCAAUAUGGAAUAUCGCCAGCCGAAGCAGCAAUACGAGUAAGUUUUUCAUUGAUUUUAUAAUUCAUAAUUUUCUCAGAUUUUAUCAGUAAUUCAAUUUGAUGGACCAGUUCUUAUGGAAAUAGAUGAAAGAGUUCUCAAAUCUAAUUCGAAUGUUUUUGUUUAUCAUCACAAAUACUUCAAUCCAAAAAUUUUCAAAGACGAUUUUAGUUUCAAACGUGAGACAGUUCUAAAUAGAUUUUCAUUUUAAAUAUUCUAUAUUUUCAGAAUCUUUCCAUACAACAAUUCUUCCUUAUACAAUCGAUGAAUUUUAUAGUCAUAAUUUCACAUUCACUCAAAAAGAUACCGAAAUUCAGAAGUUUUAUGUGGAAUCGUUAAUCAAUUUUAUUAAAACCGGGUUUGUUUUAUGGAUAAAAUUUCACCGACAGAAUUUCUGAUUUGAGGAAUCCAUCUAUUGUUGGAAUACAAUUCUCACCCACAACUAUAAAACGCCAAUAUUUGGAAGUUGGAAACAAUUUCACUUUUAAAAAUGGUGAGAAUUUCUAACAAUGAAGAUCUGAUAAAGAAAUCAUUUUCUGCAGAAUUUUUCGAAGAACAACAUAAACUUGCCAAAGUUAUACAUCAAACGUUGGCACAAUGA